AGAAUGUGUGCAUGUACCAUGCGUAUGCGAACUUUCUGCUAGUAAGUCCAGGUAUAAAAGCAAAUUAUAAUUCUGCUCUGUUGUUUUAACAUCUUUCUGCUAGAUGCAAAAAACUUGUAUUGACCCAUAUUGUAGGCAGCUGAAAGGCUGAAGAAAAGUUGUCUAUAAUCAGAUGAACAGAGGUCACAAAGAUAAGGAAUGGCUGGCAGAAAGAUGAGGUUUGGUGCCUUAGCACUAGGAGACAAGGUGAUAAUCCUAUGUACCUUGUCCAUAGAUGAUCAAAUACUUGGUCAAGUGGAAUUCCUUGCAGUUCAACCUGUUCCCCAACUCAUUUCAAUCAGUGGAACUUAGGCAAGUUAGCUCCAUGUCCACCACUCAUCUACAGUUGCCUUUGUCAGAAAGACAUCAUUUAAAAAUAAUGCCACCUUUUGAAAGUGUAAAUGAAGAAAUUCUGAAAUGGUUAAUAAUCUUUUAAAUGAGUUAUCAGUAGCAUAUUAACCAGUUGUUAGAGUUUUAAGGAAGGAAACCAGUUAUUUGUGAAGGUCCUCUGUAUGUGUUAACAUUCUGGUUACUAGUAUCAGUUGUAAUUUUCUUUUUUUUUUUUUUAAAAAAACCAAACAAACCCAAGGUUCAGCUUGGCGAAUUAACUGGGAAGACUUGCUUAAGAACAGACUUUAGGGCUGGGUCCUGUACAUGGGUAGAAAGCAGGCUGCUGGUGUAGCAGGUGAGUGGGUGGAAUGGGACGGUUGCCUGGGAAAGAUUAUGACCUCUCCUGCCUACACUGUGAUGCUGCGGUGCCCCUGCCAGUGAGGUGUGGAUACCCUGCCACCUUGCACCAGGCUGCUUACACAACAGUAGAGACAUCAGUAACCAAAGCUGCUGCUACCAGCCAAGAAAGGAAGCACGCAGGAGAAACCAUGCGUGAGUGCAUCUCUGUUCACAUUGGCCAAGCCGGAGUUCAAAUUGGCAAUGCAUGUUGGGAACUCUUCUGUCUGGAGCACGGCAUUCAGCCAAAUGGUACCUUCAUCGACCAACCCAGCAAUGAUGACUCUUUUGCCACAUUCUUCAGAGAGACAAGCUCUAGAAAAUACGUGCCCCGGGCUAUUAUGGUGGACUUGGAACAAACUGUAAUAGAUGAAGUGCGGACUGGCACCUACCGGCAGCUAUUCCAUCCAGAACAGCUGAUCACUGGAAAGGAAGAUGCAGCAAAUAAUUAUGCACGUGGCCACUACUCUGUUGGCAAAGACAAAAUUGACAUGGCAAUAGAUCGUAUCCGCAAGCUGGCUGAUGCCUGUUCUGGGCUGCAAGGAUUCCUGAUCUUCCACAGCUUUGGUGGGGGUACCGGCUCUGGCUUUACCUCCUUACUGAUGGAACGCCUCUCUGUGGAUUAUGGAAAGAAGUCCAAAUUGGAGUUUGCCAUCUACCCAGCUCCUCAGGUCUCCACCGCUGUGGUGGAGCCCUACAAUUCUAUCCUGACCACACACACCACCCUGGAGCACUCGGACUGCGCCUUCAUGGUGGACAACGAAGCCAUCUAUGACAUCUGCCGCCGAAACCUGGACAUCGAGAGGCCCACCUACACCAACCUCAACCGCCUUAUCAGCCAGAUUGUCUCCUCCAUCACCACCUCGCUGCGCUUUGAUGGUGCCCUCAACGUGGAUCUGACGGAGUUCCAGACAAACCUGGUGCCCUACCCGCGCAUCCAUUUCCCCUUGGUGACCUAUGCCCCCAUCAUCUCCUCUGACAGAGCAUAUCACGAGCAGCUCUCGGUGGCUGAAAUCACCAGCUCCUGCUUUGAGCCCAACAGCCAGAUGGUGAAGUGUGACCCAAGACAUGGGAAAUACAUGGCCUGCUGCAUGCUCUAUCGUGGUGACGUAGUUCCCAAAGAUGUCAACGUAGCAAUUGCUGCCAUCAAGACCAACAGAUCCCUCCAGUUUGUCGACUGGUGUCCAACAGGCUUCAAGGUUGGGAUCAACUAUCAGCCUCCUACAGUUACACCAGGAGGAGACCUAGCCCAGGUUGAGCGAGCAGUCUGCAUGCUGAGCAACACCACAGCCAUUGCAGAUGCCUGGGCAAGGCUUGACCACAAGUUUGAUCUGAUGUAUGCCAAGAGAGCUUUUGUGCACUGGUAUGUCAGUGAAGGCAUGGAGGAAGGAGAAUUUGCAGAGGCCCGAGAAGACCUGUCUGCCUUGGAGAAAGACUAUGAAGAAGUGGGAACUGACUCAUUUGAAGAAGAAAAUGAGGGAGAGGAAUCUUAAAAUUCACUGUGCCCUUUUCUGUGCAUAAGAUUGUCUCUAUGUCUAUUUUUUUCAUGUGGCUGCAUUUCUGCUUGUCUUACACAUACCAAGUCCAUUGCCAUCUUAGUAGACUAUAAACAGGAUGAGUUUUCCACUAUGAGAUCACAAGACAGUAAAUGCAGGAUGUAUGACCAGAUGAUCAUUCGUCACUUUGCCUCACAGGGUAACAGGCUUCAUACUUUUUGCUAAUAUAUCCUGAAAGGAUCUCUGUCGCCUAUACUGUCAUUUAUUCAAUACAAAGAUACAGUCAUGUAGCUGUAAUAUUAUUUGAGGAACUCGUGCUUCAAAAUGUCCCACAUAAUUGCUAUGGACACUACAUAAAGAGAAGUUACCUACAGUGCUCAGUCGAAACAUAAUGUUUGUAAAGCUGUAAAAUGCAGUGAGAACUCUGCUGGUGCCAAGAACAUACAGCUUGUCCUUGUGCCCUACAGAAUCCACAGUGUGGGGUGGUUAGAAGGUAUGAUUUUGCCAGCUGCCAUGAGUAGGGGCACAAUUCAGGUACUCCUAGCUUCAGCAGGAGUUUAGAGCACACUAUGCUUGUGCAGUGACUGUGUAACAAUCAUAAUUGGAUACGUCUGGAGGUACAAGUAUGCUGACAGUUCUGCUGUAACUGCUAAACGAACAACAUCUGUGACAGUUAAGGGCCUUAAAAUGACCAGCUUGUGGCAUGCAGGACAGAAGCAUUACCAGUUCCAUCAGAAAUACUGAGAUCACAAUAAAUCAGAACCACAACAAAAAAUGUCUGUGAUAGGUAUAGGUGGGAUGUCUAAGAACACCAGCUACAACUUACAGCAUAAGUCUUCAUAAGGUAUAUUUUUGUAUAUUCCCAAUGUUUUAGGAUUUUAGAAUACAUUGUUAAGGCAUGCAGACAGGUGGCCAGCCAUGGCCUGAAGUUAAACUGAUGGAUAACAAGAGAAACUGUUGGAUGUUGCGGAUAAUGGAACAGGAAAAGUGGCUGGCCAAUCCUAACCUGUGUCUAAAGUAAUGAGGUAAUAGCAGCAGAAGGUACUGGGCAUUACAUAUAGUGAAAGGGAGUUUUGGGGCCUCCUGCCUUGAGUGUAAGAUAUCAACAGAAAGUGAAGGGGGUGUUGGCUUACUGGGAGUACUAACUAAAGCUGAAAUUACCAAAUAAAGGUGUAAAAUUAGCAGAACAGGGCCAGUGGUGAAAAAGUGGUGUGUGUGUGUGUCUAUUUAGAAGCAGGGGGAAGCAGGAGAAAGGUAAAAGAAGGUAAAGAAUAUGGUGUCCAUUUGGGGGUACCUGUCAAGCAGCCCAGUGUUUGAACAAUGCCUGCAGCAAGACAAUCAGCCUGUUGUGCUGACCGUGCCAUGCGUGUCCGACUUGCUUAUGAGCUCAUGGUUAUUUGGAAGGUUUCCCUUAACACUGAUGAAGGGGAGACACCCUGGAGACCAAACAUAUACCACUGUUAUUUUAAUGCUGGAGUUACUAUUGAUCUUUCAUAAAUUUCUUUUUAAAAAAAAUCCAUGUUUUCACUGAAACAUAUACUCCUGGCAUACAACUCCAGCAGGGCUACAGAACUGCAUUAUGUUUUGCUCAAACUGUUGAGGAGCGUUGUCCCCUUUCUGGUAAAUCUGUUUGUAUUAGGAUGCUAAAAGGUCAUAAAGAAAAGCAGGCACAUCCAGAAACAUCACUGAUGUAGCUGGUCUUUUUAUCUGCAAAAUGAAUGGCUGAUCUUUAUAUUAGAAACUAUAGUUCUGAACUUGCUAUAUUAGGGGAGAUAAUUCUGCAAGUCCAGAUCUAAUUCUAUAAUUUUUAACAUAUAUAGAAAAAUUUUGUAUAUGACAAUUCUUACCAAAAAGGAGAUAACUCUUUUGAAACUGUAUCCCAACAUGUACUUGAUUUUU